AUGUCGCUGAAUGGACUGGACGAUGCUAAGGUUAUAGAAGCCCACGAAUCCGCUGUCACCGAACCUGGGGGAUGGUUCCUUCUCAAAUACGCUAAUCGUGACGAGGUUGAGCUUCUCGAUCGUGGGAAUGGUGGGAUUGUUGAUAUCCGUGGUGCAAUUGCAAAAUACGAAGAGGCGUCGCCGUUGUACGGCUUCCUUAAGUACAGACGGAGGAGUGUCCUGUUAAAAUACCAACCUGAGGAUUGCUCGAGACUUGUCCAAGCUCGUGCAACAGUGCAUUUUAACGCUGUCUGUGAACGGUUUGCGCCGUACGAUAUCACCUUCGAAAUUUCGGUAGCGAAAGACCUGAAAGAUAGUAAGCUUUCUGCGGCUUGUUCGCUGCAUGCGGCAUCCGGUUCGGCGUCAUCAUCCUCGAGCUCACUACGACGGCGGAGACUAAACGAGAUAGCCGAGGAAGAGGAGGAGGAAGAAAGAGAGAGGAAAAGGCAGUCAACAGUUAAGGAGGAAGAUAAACGCGCAUCAUCUGUGUACUCGGUACCCGCUUCCUCACCGCCUACAGAACGCCCUACCGUACUCGAUAGUCAACAGAUCUCCGCCCCGCAAGAAACCAGCUUUACCUCAACGGUCAACGUCCCAGAAUUUACAGGAGCUGACAGACCGACAUCCCCUACACAAUCCGAAAGCGCUCCACGCCUAUCCUCCCAGUCCACACGGCCCGAUUUGCAUAGCUACUCGACCUACACAUAUGGCAAGCCAAAGGUGAAGCUCGGCCCCCGACCAUCGCUAGAGACGAACAAGCGACCUUCGACAGCUGAAAAUUUUCGCCCCACUGCAGCCUUGCCGGCAGGAUUUAAGUUAUUCUCCAAAGGAACCAAGAAGGGGGGACAGUCUCAUGAUAUGGAACAAGUCGAGAAGACUGAAGAAGCAGAAGAAGAGAUUACUUUGGAUACCGCUCUCACGCAAUCUACACCUAUCCCUGAGGUUCCACAAGGCACUGGCCUUCAGCUGCCCCCGCGACCCGCAACAAAUUCGGGAGCUUCUAUUAAAUCUAUUAAAUCAACCACACAAUCACUAGCGCCCCCACCAACAAAGGAGGCGAAGAUUACACCUGAGAAAGCACGACUCAUGAAGGCCAUGAAGUUGAGGGAAAAGAAGAAGAUGAUGAAGAAUACUACAACGUCAACGUCAGAACAAACAACUCAGUCGGAUAACCCGUCUGUAGUCGAGACCAAGGGAGAAUGCGACGCCGAGUCUAAAGAUUCUCUGCAAAUUAAGAGCGACGCUGGUCAUCGCGCCGUAUCCAACGCAGACUCUGGUAUUGCUAUUGACCCACCCACGCCGAUGACGAUCAAUACAGAGGAUACAUCCGACUCCCGUCCAAAUUCUCCGACGGGUGCAACCUCGUCUGAAAUAGGGGUAUCCACGAAAGCGUCCUCCCUGUCCGAGUCGACACACGAAACUGUCCAAGCCUCCAAAGACAUAAGGGAAGAGCCUGAGGAGGCUGAGCCUAAAGAUAUUCCAGGAAUGGAAAACGGGCUAGAACAGACUAAGACGCGUGACACGGAUGUCUUAGACAAGGGAGAUACUAAAAUUGAUCAAGAAUCCCAAAAGAUUCCAGAUCAUCCUACACAAACAACCGAGCACUCUGGACGCGGUUCGGUCGAGGUGGAUGAUCGUGCUGAUAUUGUCUCGCCGCCCAGUCCAAAGGGUAACGAGCAACGUAACGAGAAACCAUCGAACGAAGACGACACACCCAAGUCGCCUUGGAGGGUGCCUGUUUCGAAGUUCUCUUCCCACGAGACGGACGCCCCGGCCGAACAGAAAUCGCCGACGACUCCUCGUCUAAAGUCGAAAUUCUCCAUACCGGAUAUAUCUCUCCCCCCAGAGCCUGUUCCUGCUUUACCAAACGCGUCCGUAGAGGGCAGCAAGCAGGCCGGAGGCGAACCGCUACUAAAGACUACUUCAGAGAUCCCGCUCCCUCCGAGAUCAACUAAGCGCAGGACCGUCAUCGGGACUAUAAGAACUGAUUUGACGAAGACCACGGCUCAUUCCGAAGCUCACGAUCCUCUUCUCGAUGAUGCUUUGAUGGACGAGCUACAAUCAGCGACGUUGCAGGAGGCCAAACCUAUGCUCGUAUCCAAAUCGCCCAUCACUCCCGUUUUCCCCAAUUCCAAUUCCGGCGGGCAAGGUCUGUCAUUAUCUCGUGCAGUUUCGAACCCGAUGCGUGGCCCACUCCCAGUAUCCGGUGAUGUCUCACAGAGUAGCGCGAGAAGUGUGUCGGCAGGUGGUGCGGCCCUGCUACACAGCAUUACCCGACAGUCGUCGAACGCUGGCCUACAAGCUAAGAAGAACAACCUCGGCUCGAGCAUUUCACAGAGAAUCAAGGCUUUAGAGAAGCUUUCGGGUCCUCCUGGCUCGGAAGACGUCCGUCCAAAGACCGCAACACCAUCCUCGACUUUCUUUGGCGUUCGUAGGCAGAGCAUCAGAGAUUUGUCUAGAACUUCUACCGUAGUAGAUCCCACCAGUCCUCAAGCGCAGCCCUCCUCGCCUGAACAGUUCCAAGAAAGACCGCCUAAACUGACCGGCGCAGAGAGGCGUGAGAGAUCCCUCUCGGUGGUUAGUCGAUUGUCAAUGUUUGAAAUGCCAACACAAAACUCACUUCGUGGGCGACCUGAUUCCGUCCAAGUUACUGCAAGGAUAGUUCGCGAUCCUAACAACAGCAUGCCAAGGAAACCUGAACCCAAUGCAAGCGCUGAUGACUACCCUCAACUCGAAUUGAAGCAGUCGCCACUUGUUGUGGAUCUACAGACACCAGAACCGUCAGAACCUAUUCCCGAGCCGGCUCCUACCUCAUUAGUACAAGUUCACAAUGAGACCAUUCAAGAGAGACGUGACAAGAAGUCGGUUCCCGACGAUGGCGAAAAGAAGCAUCGGCGUUCGUCUUUGAGUAUAGUCAAAGACUUCAUCAAAGACCGACGAACUUCAAAUGCUAACAAAUCGACGGAUAACUUAGCGGUGAUGUCUCCGAACGGAGCAAAAUCUCCAAAUAGGCCACCGUCAUCCCAUCAGAUCGGUAGUAGCUUUGGAAGACGGUUGUCAAUUUCAAGCCGUCGCUCUUCGAUCAGUCGCGAGCGAGAUAAUUCAGGAUCAACACCCAUCGGGUCACCCGCAGUUCUCAGUGACAGCGGUUCCGGUGACGACGAUAAGAAGAGUGAGAAGAAGUCGGAGGGGCGAGCAUCUCGAUUUAUGAGGCGCCUAUCGAGCUCUCUUAGUGGGAACAAGAAAGCUACGAGCCCGCAUAUUUCUCCUACUGUCGCCGAGGAAGAUGCAGAUCAGCUUGCUACUUCUACCACCGAUGUCUCGGUAUCCUCUCAACCCACUGUCGUGGCAUACAUGGGUGAUGUCAACGUGCAGUUUCCAGACAAUCUACUGUGGAAACGCCGUAGCAUGUCUCUAGAUACUGAAGGAUUCUUGUUCCUAAGUAUCGUACAAGGGGCUGCGAUUAGUGGAAAGGAUAAGGCUGCCGCUACCGGUGUUAAGCGUUAUCACUUGAGUGACUUCCGCGCUCCUUACAUUCCCGAUGUCGAGAUACAAGAGCUCCCUAACAGUGUAGUUCUGGAUCUUGUGGAAGGCUCUUGUCUGCAAAUUGCCUGCGAAGACCGAGCCGGCCAGCUAAACAUUCUGCAAGCUCUUCAAGAUGCGCACCAAAAGCACAGCUCCUUCAGACAAUAG